GCACUUGAACAAAUAUUAUUCAAUGGGGAUUACGGGGAUGAUAUAUACGGUUACGAUAGUUUUUUCGUUAAUUGUAUUAAUAUUGUCUUCAUCCACGGUGGGAUUCGAUUAUUUUCAAUUUACUCAGCAAUAUCAGCCGGCUGCCUGCAACUCUCGUCCUACUCCUUGUAAGGAUCCUCCUGACAAGUUAUUUACGGUUCACGGUUUGUGGCCUUCAAACUGGAGUGGACAUGAUCCAGAAUAUUGCAAGAAAACAGCCUUGGAUUCUAAGAAGAUAGGAAAUCGACGAGCCAAGUUGGACAUUAUUUGGCCGAACGUAUUCGAUCGAACCGAUAAUGUGGGCUUUUGGGGAAGACAGUGGGAAAAACAUGGCAUAUGUGGGUCUCCCACGAUACAGGACGACAUGAAUUACCUUGAAACAGUAAUCAAGAUGUACAUAACCGACAAACAAAAUGUCUCUGAAAUCCUCUCAAAAGCGAAGAUGGAACCGGAGGGGAUAAAAAGGAAACGGUGGGAUAUUGUAAUGGCCAUACGCAAUGGUACCAAAGGUAAGAGACCAAAACUCAAGUGCCAAAAGAAUAAUAGGAUGACCGAAUUGGUUGAGGUCACUCUUUGCAGCGACAAAAACAUAACGCAGUUAAUAAAUUGCCCCAAUCUAAUUCAACCACCAUCACCAUUUUUCUGCCCCAACAAAGGUAUUUUGUAUUAAGAAAGCGGCUAUCUAACACACACGCGCACACGUAUAUAUUAGUAGUUGGCCAGUAUACGGAUGACUAUUCCAAAAUAUAGGACGAGAGGAAUGUAGUUAUGUGGUUGUAUUUCUAAUGAAUAAACUGGCUUAAUUAAA